AUGUCAAGGUAUUACAAACUACGUCUUCACAAUAAUAUCAAGCUUUUACGAACUACGUCUUCACAGUACCAAGGUAUAACGAACUACGUCUUCACAAUAUCAAUGUAUUACGAACUACGUCGUCACAAUAUCAAGGUAUUACGAACUACGUCUUCACAAUGUCAAAGUAUUACGAACUACGUCGUCACAAUAUCAAGGUAUUACGAACUACGUCUUCACAAUAUCAAUGUAUUAUUAACUACGUCGUCACAAUGUCAAGUUGUAUACGAAGUUUUCCAACCUUCGAACACGCCACAUAGCAGUUUUGUAAGUUGGGAUAUUUGUUAUCAGUGUAAUCUAUCUUAUCGUAUCGUAUCUAUCGUAUUGGCCAUGGAUCCUCGACCUGAAUCGACAGAGGGUGGGUAUGGGGGCCUCCUUCGAUGCCUGGUCCAGGGAUUCAGCGACCAAAGCAAGAAAUUCGAUGAUGUAAACAAGAAAUUCGAUGAUGCAAACAAGAAAUUCGACGGGAGAUUCGACGAGAUAAACAAGAAAUUCGACGAGGUAAACAAGAAACUGGACAGGCAAAACGAAAAAUUGGACAAGACAUCCGACUACCAACACAAGAAAUUGGACAAGCAAAGCGAAAAAUUGGACAAGCAAAGCGAAAAAUUGGACAAGCAAAACGAAAAAUUCGACGAUCUAAAAACAAGUGUUACCAAUUUGAGAAAAAAGGUUGACGAACAGAUUAAACAGUGUAAUGAUUUACAUACAGAACAUCGACUAGUUGCAGAACGAGUUACGGGACUUGAAAUUAUAAACCAAACUAACAAAAUGGUUAUCGAUCGCCAUGAUAAAUCUAUUGAAAGUCUAAAUCAACAGAGAGAAGAAAAGUCUAAACUAAUACCUGUCCAAGCUACAAGUGAUAAAUAA